AUGCGAUUGUGGGAGUUCGAUCGCAUAGGAGCCAUCGCCUCGUCACCAUUUGACACUAACAAAGACGCUCUUCAGUUUGUUUUGUCUAUUCUGGGAUUUCUUCGGAUGAACGAUGAACGACUGGGAUAUGAUCUGAGCAUCAUGUCCUCUCCAGAUGGAAAGCGCUUUAUCGAGAUUACGCGCAAUGGCCGGUCUGAAUGUCUGGUUCUUGACGGCCUCUUGAAGCGCGGUCCGUGUGUUGCC